UUUCCGCUUCCUACAGAAUAUGCCCAAAGGGUCUGUCUUCGCAAGCUUCAAGUGUAUGAAGACAGCAUGGAUCUUUACUUGAACAACCGUGAUUGCUUUUUGGCUCUGGCGAUCCCCAUCUUCAGAGCCCUUAAUGAUGGCCUUAAAGAGAGGAGCUUUCCUCCAGCACGCCGGCGUAUUGCAAUGCAGAUUGCUACAAACCUGGCCCUGACUGAUCACGCCCUCAAGUCGAUUCCAGUCUAUUGGAUCGAGCCUGAAGUUGACGAGCUAUGUCAAACCCUUUUAGAUAAUUUUGUUUCCAUGGAUAAGGUAUGUGUAUCUUUCUAUUGAUAUAUCUAUAUAACUGAAGAGCCUUAUUUACGGAGAAGUUAGUGGGCUCAACGUUGGCGCUCGAAUGGCCCUCUCCAUGGUAUUCAGGCCCUUUUCAGGAAACAAGCCCAUACCACCGACC